UCUUUCUGUCCUUUCUUUCUGUCCUUUCUUUCUUUCUGUCCUCUUUCUUUCUUUCUUUCUUUCUUUCUUUCUUUCUUUCUUUCUUUCUUUCUUUUUUUUUGGGAGGGGGUGCUAUUUCUCUGUGUAGCCCUUCCUGUCCUGGCAUUCAUUUUGUAGAGCCGGUUGGCCUUGAACUCAGAGAUGUGCUUGCCUCUGCCUCCCAGUUUCCAGAUUAAAGGCAUGUGCUGUGCCUGACCAGUGGCAGUUCUUACCUCCUAAUUUUUAGGUAAUUCACUAAUAUUACUAAUAUUAAGUUGCCCAGGGAGGCCUUGAACAUUUGAUUGUCCUGCUUCAGCGUUUAAGGGGAGCUGGAAUUACUGUCGUGCCUGGCAUUGUUUUUAAAAUUACAUUUGUGUCUGAGUCUGCUCGUAUAAAUGGGAAGAGCGCCCUCUAGCUGAUAAAUUGAGUAGCAAAUGGCUAAAUAGGCUGUAGAGGGGUUGGGGAUUUAGCUCAGCGGUAGAGCGCUUGCCUAGUGAGCGCAAGGCUCUGGGUUCGGUCCCCAGCUCCGGAAAAAAGAAAAAAAAAAAAAAAAAGGCUGUAGAGCUCAGAGAACAACAAGAAAUGUUGCAAGGAAAGAGGUCAAUAUGGACACAGAAUUUAAAUAAAAAGAUGAACAUGGGGUUGGGGACCCUGGGUUCAGUCCUCAACUCAGAAAGGGGGAAAAAAAGAUGAACAUGGGGAGUGAAACAGAUAUAUACCUGGGGGAGGGGGAGAUUGCCACAAAACUUAGGAGGAGAUUUUCAAGAAUUGGGGAAGCUGAGAUUGUAGGAUUAAAGGUAACUAGUAGUUCAUGGCUAGCCUUAUGGGGGAAUGAGUCGGGAGGACUUGAACCGUUAAAGUCAACAGGUGGUGGAGAGGAUGGCUGAGACCAAGAGUACAGGGGCUGAGGGGGGCAGCAGACACUAAUGCUGCCACCCUUUAAUACAGUUCCUCGUGUUGUGGUGACCCCCACCUGUAACAUUAUUUUGUUGCUACUUCAUAACUGUAAUCUUGCUACUGCUGUGAAUUGUAAUAUGCAUAUAUGAGAUGCAAGAUAUCUUAUAUGCGACCCCUGUGAAAGGGUUUGAUUCCCAAUAGGGCUUACGAUACACAGGUUGAGAACCACUGCCUUAAAGAUUCCUUGGACCAGAGAUUUCUUAGGCCUAUGAAUUCGCAGAGUCCGAGUUAAAAAUGGGAGGAGCACCUUCUAGCUGAUAAACUUGGGUAACGAUGAGGACGCUUUAAAUCUCCAUUCUGUUUGCGACUACAGUGGUUGCCUGAGUCCUAACAGGCAGAAACAGCUUUGAAUAGAGGGUCUGGCUAUUUCCCCCGGAUGAACACACACGCUGAGCUUUUGGGGUGUUGAACAGUCAACGUCUUCGCACAGAACUUUCCACCUAACCCUAGCAACUUGGCGCUCUGCUUCGUGUCAAUGCGGACACACCCAAGCGCUGCUCCUUUUACAGGUGCAGUAAGCGUUCCCCGAGGCGAGACAGGGAUCCCUGGCCUACCGACUGUGCUUUCCCUGCUGGCAGCCAGCUGCAGUAGGACCCAGCCCAAGGCAACUCUGCCUACUGACCCUAGCAACCACUCACCUGCUCUUCUUUCUCUAUAGGCUAGAAAUUUUUCUUUUCUUUUCUCAUUGGUCCGCGUAACUUUACCGCAACCAAUCAGCGGUAGCCACGGGAACAAACUCACACCUACACAACCUGCGUUGGGGGGGGGAGGUGAUCUGGGAAGAUAUAUAUCUGUUUUCCGCAUUGUUUUUUUAGAGAAGCGCUUUACUUUUUACUGUGUCGUAGCUGUCCCUGGAAUGAGGCGCUUACACAGUUCAUGCCUAACAUAAAGUCUGGCCCUUGCUCGCUCCUGCCCCUCCUUCAAAUGGCUCGGCCCGCGGAAUGCCCCAUCUUUCAGGCACUUGGAGAGCCGGAGUCUUGGAGGAGUUUAGGGUGGUGAUUCUACAACGGUGACUGACAAGUGAGGGGCUUCAGCCCUCUCCCGCGACCACGCGUCACAUCUCUCGCUAGUUCCAGCUGCCUGCGCGUGGGCCCCAGAAGCGCGGGGAAAAUUGGUACACGCAAAGCGUACUUGGUACGGUCCACUCCGCCGCGCCCCUCGCCGCCGGAAGUGAGGUGUCUUACCCCCGAAGUUCCGGUUCGCAGGGGGUGGGGAGUGUUGUUAACCGGAGCGGCUGCCGCAGUCGCGGUGAUUGAGCGUGCUCGCGGCGCUGGGCUCCUGGUGAGUGGACCGAAGUCUGGUCCAGAUUGCGGAUGGGGUUGGGGGGUCGACGUGUAGGACUUUGCCCUCCUGGGUCACUGAGAUCAGCCCGCCCCCCUGCGUUCCGCCGUCAGUUUUCGGCCUGUCAGAUGGCUGGAGACCUCAGGCGGCGGCGCGGCCACCGUUCCAGAGGCCAGGCCCCGCCUGCGAGGUUCGCAACUCCUAGCGUUCACAGGUCUCUGGGCCAGGGCAAUGUUCCGCACCGCAGUGAUGAUGGCGGCCAGCCUGGCGCUGACCGGGGCAGUGGUGGCUCAUGCCUACUACCUCAAACACCAGUUCUACCCCACUGUCGUGUAUUUGACCAAAUCCAGCCCCAGUAUGGCAGUCCUGUACAUCCAGGCCUUUGUCCUUGUCUUCCUCUUGGGCAAGGUGAUGGGCAAGGUGUUUUUUGGGCAGCUGAGGGCAGCAGAAAUGGAGCACCUCUUGGAACGGUCCUGGUAUGCUGUCACUGAGACUUGCUUGGCCUUCACCGUUUUUCGGGAUGACUUCAGCCCUCGCUUUGUGGCACUCUUUACACUCCUUCUCUUCCUCAAAUGUUUCCAUUGGUUGGCUGAAGACCGUGUGGACUUUAUGGAACGCAGCCCCAACAUCUCUUGGCUUUUCCACUGCCGCAUUGUCUCUCUUAUGUUCCUCCUGGGCAUCCUGGACUUCCUCUUUGUCAGCCACGCUUAUCACAGCAUCCUGACCCGAGGGGCGUCUGUGCAGCUGGUGUUUGGCUUUGAGUAUGCCAUUCUGAUGACCAUGGUGCUCACCAUCUUCAUCAAGUAUGUGCUGCACUCCGUGGACCUCCAGAGUGAGAAUCCCUGGGACAACAAGGCCGUGUACAUGCUCUACACGGAGCUGUUUACAGGCUUUAUCAAGGUCCUGCUGUACAUGGCCUUUAUGACCAUCAUGAUCAAGGUGCACACAUUUCCGCUCUUUGCCAUUAGGCCCAUGUACCUGGCCAUGAGGCAGUUCAAGAAAGCUGUGACAGAUGCCAUCAUGUCUCGCAGAGCCAUCCGCAACAUGAACACACUGUACCCGGAUGCCACCCCCGAGGAGCUCCAGGCAAUGGAUAACGUCUGUAUCAUCUGCAGAGAAGAAAUGGUGACCGGUGCUAAGAGAUUGCCUUGCAACCACAUCUUUCAUACGAGCUGCCUGCGCUCCUGGUUCCAGAGACAACAGACCUGCCCGACAUGCCGUAUGGAUGUUCUGCGGGCAUCAUUGCCAGCCCAGUCACCACCACCCCCUGAGCCUGCUGACCAAGGAGCCCCCCCUGCCCCUCAUCCCCCACCACUGCUGCCACAGCCCCCUAAUUUCCCCCAGGGCCUCCUGCCUCCUUUUCCUCCGGGCAUGUUCCCACUGUGGCCACCAAUGGGUCCCUUUCCACCUGUCCCACCUCCCCCAAGCUCAGGAGAGGCUGCAGCUCCUCCGUCCACCAGUGCAGCCACUUCUCGACCCAGUGGAGCAGCCACCACCACAGCUGCUGGCACGAGUACUUCUGCCCCAGCAUCUGGCUCUGUACCUGGCCCAGAGGCUGGUCCUGCCCCUGGCUUCCCUUUCCCUCCUCCUUGGAUGGGUAUGCCUCUGCCUCCACCUUUUGCCUUCCCCCCGAUGCCUGUGCCUCCUGCGGGCUUUGCUGGCCUAACCCCAGAGGAGCUGCGGGCACUGGAGGGCCAUGAGCGGCAGCACUUGGAGGCCCGGCUACAGAGUCUGCGCAACAUACACACACUACUGGACGCCGCCAUGCUGCAAAUCAACCAGUACCUCACUGUCCUGGCCUCCCUGGGCCCCCCCAGGCCAGCUACUUCAGUGAACCCCACUGAAGAGACUGCCUCUACAGUGGUAUCUGCUACCCCUUCCACCAGCGUCCCCAGCUCUGAGGCUCCUGCCCCAUCCCUGGGAGCCUCCCCACCAAUUCCUGAAGCUGAAAAGCCUCCUGUGAGCACUGCAGAAGAGCUUCCUGAGGAUGGAGAGCCUGAUGCUGCAGAACUCCGCCGGCGUCGCCUGCAGAAGCUCGAGUCUCCCGUUGCCCACUGACACUGCCCAGAUCUGGCCCUGCUCUCUUGAGUAGCCCUCACUGGAACACGUCCUGCCACCAAGUGCCAGCUCCCUCUCUGUUUGCACCAGGGAGUAGUAACCCCAGUUGAGAAAGACUUGGCAGGAUCUCUGAGGAUCAAGUGUCUGGGCUUCCAGUUGAUCCACCCCAGUGCCCCUGGCAGCCACGGGGGUGUUGGUCAGUUCUAACCUUCCUCCUCUACUUCUGCUAUGUUCUACUGGGGCCUUGAAAGUAGAAGCUGAGCCUCUGGCAAGCCUCUCCCAUGCUUUUAGGGAGAAGGUGAAGCCCCUCUAAGCCCUGCUUGUGAGUAUGGGACCAUGCUGCAGUGCCGAACAGUAUUAGCUUCUGUUCCCAAGUGUGGAAACCCAGAGGGGCUGAAGACAGACCAGGACCUUGCCCCACUCUCUGCCAAGACUGGUACCAGUCUCUUUUCCUCUACCCAUCUUCCCAGAACCCCCUUUGUGAUGGUGGCUGUGCCCCCUAAGCCCUGUGGCAUUUCCAUGUCUUACUGGCAACCACACAACUCAGGGAAAGGAGUGCCUGGGGGUGGGGCACAGGCGGGCAGCACUGAGGGACCCUGCCCUGCCCCUCCCCAGCCUCUUUCCCCAUCUCACCCAGCAGCCACUGCCUGGUGGGCCUGGCUAAGGGUGUGCUGCUCCUUAAACCACUGCUCCCCUGAACCCAAGGCAGGCCACCUCCAACCUGUGGGACUUGAGUUCAGGAUUGGAACUAUUUCUGUACCUAGUGGCUUUGGGCUUAAAUUUGUCUUUCGAAUUUGAAUGCUUGACCCCAGGAAGGAGCAGUAUGGGGCUAGGUACCUGGACUUUCCAGUUUAGAAAAGCUCUGGGCCAGGAGGGGACCACGGAGCCAAGGCCUAGCUGCUGCUUUCUUUUGGUUUUGUGUUACAGGAGUUUCUGGAGAGUUUCAGAUGAUUAUUUAAUUUGUAAAUAUUGUAUAAAUUUUAAUAGCUUAAAUUGUAUAUACAGCUAAAUAAAACCUUGCAUUAAUGA